AUGCGCGUAUCCGAGAUCGCGGCAUCGUCUGGCUUUUAUCUCGCUGAUGGUGCCUACGUCAAGCUCACCAUGGACAUUGGCGUCCCCGGCGGCUGGAACACGGGGCAGAUCAUGCGCAUCUACGGUCUCGUCCGUGAGCCCUAUCCUCCAGGCCUCGUCGUCCCCGUCUCUCGACGGCCCCCACUCUGCGUGGGUGGAUGCCGAUCGGAUUCUGGACCCGGACAACACCCGGGCAGCAAGCAGCUUACGCAGCAGCGGAGCGACGAGCCUGACACACCGCCGCGGGUCGAGUCGCCGUCAGGCUCCGUUGCCGCCCCUCAAUCCGAGCGGGACCGCACGUUCGCCGCACUCUCGCGACUUGAGCCGCCGCAAGUCGUCGACCUCGUCGACCCACUCAUGUCGCUCCCGAAGCGCGAGCGCCCCACGUGUUUGUUCAACGUGGAGGCGCUUCGCGCCAAGAUCGCAGACGCGAAGACGCCUCAGCCGCGCAAGACGAACGCACCUCCGCUCGCAGAGUCGCCGCACAUCCCUGCGCUCUCCAAUUGCGGCCCGAACGCUGCGGAAAGCCCUAGUACUCCCGCGACCCCGGCGUAG